GCUCGCUCGAAUGCUGACAGACAAUUAAAGCUGAUAGCCCUCCUGUGUCUGCAGAUAGCUAGGGACUUUUUGGAAGGGCCAUUUCUGCAAAGUAGGCUACAACAAAACUCUGCGUGACAUCGAGCGGUUCACGCGCGCGCUCUAACAAGACACUGACAAUGAGCGGGAGUUGCGUCUCUACCUUUAACGGUUAAAGAGACUCUGGAAUUAGAAGGGACAUCGGGUCAAUCUGACAACUGACAACAAAAUAUCACUGCAUUCUUGACUUACUGCUUGUGAUGAUUGUGUGCGGUGACGUUGUGGCGCUUUGUCCGUGGCUAUUGGCGAGGUUCGCUGGAGAGAUAGUUGUAUUACAUCAGUGCACCAAGUGACUGGGAGUGCGACACAGAGAGGAGGAAGACAGCGGUAUCUGACCAGGUCUGGGUUAAUGGUGGAGAGGUGUUAUUGUUCGUUGAUAUUUGCACUAGACGCUCAAGAAACGUUCAGCACCAUUUAGAGUAGAAAAAACGCAUUAAUGGAAUGCGACUGUGACCGCGUCCCACUGCUUAUCUAACUUGUGAACUUGUGAGUACCGGGGAGAGACGGAGAAAGCUUUAACUAAGCGAUGGCGGAGACGAGCCUGGAGCCACUGUCCGCGAUGGACGUUGCCAUUGAUCCGGACUUUGAGCCGCAAAAACGGCCGAGAUCAUGCACUUGGCCGCUGCCAGAGUCCAGCUCGGUGAAGCCUGCGUCCAACGACACUGACAUAAUCCCCGAGGAAGAGGAUGAUGAGGAUGACAGCGCGAUGGCAAUACACGCCAAUGGCACGGGUACAGGAGAGGACAGCGGCAGUCCAAGCAUGGUCGAGGGACUGCUUGCCACAAUCGGUCAGGAGAACAUGGGUUCCCCGCUCUCCUCUCAGUCCUCACCCACGACCACAGCGAGCCCGGGGGUAAACGGCCAGGGCAGCCAACAGCAAACUCCCCGAAAGUCAUCCGCGCGUAGGAACGCUUGGGGCAACCUGUCCUACGCAGACCUUAUUACUAAAGCCAUAGAGAGCACCCCGGACAAGAGACUGACACUGUCCCAGAUCUAUGAGUGGAUGGUCAGAAGCGUCCCGUACUUUAAGGACAAAGGCGACAGCAACAGCUCAGCUGGUUGGAAGAACUCUAUCCGGCAUAAUCUGUCCUUGCACAGCCGUUUCAUCCGUGUACAAAAUGAGGGAACUGGAAAGAGCUCUUGGUGGAUGAUCAAUCCUGAAGGGGGGCGGGGAGGCAAAGCACCAAGGCGACGGGCAGUCUCCAUGGACAAUGGUAACAAAUACACCAAGAGUGCACGAGGGCGUGCGGCUAAGAAAAAGGCAGCACUUCAGGCUGCCCGAGAGGGUUCACUGGAGAAUGUUUCUGGUGGUGGUCUUUCCAAGUGGCCAGGAAGUCCCACUUCCCGUAGCAGUGAUGAACUGGAAUCAUGUUGGACUGACUUCCGCUCUCGAACUAACUCCAAUGCUAGCACACUGAGUGGACGUCUGUCACCCAUUCUGGCCAACCCAGAGCUUGAUGAUGUCCCAGAUGGUCCACCCCUUUCUCCAAUGCUCUACUCCAGCCCCAGCAGCCUCUCUCCUCCCUCGUACUCCUCAUCCAACUCCAAAACCUGCCCAGCUGAACUUCCAGGGCUAGCGGACCUGACUGGAACAAUGAAUCUCAAUGAGGCUGACAACCUAAUGGACGAUCUUUUGGACAAUAUCACUACACAAGUGCAGGCAGUUCAAAGUUCUUCUGCUUUUAGUUUUGGAUCUAAAAAUGCAGCAUCUCCCCCCAGCUGCACUUCAUCCCAAACUGUGGGCAACCACAGUGGAGGAUUCACUAACCCCAUUUUUGGGCCUUCGACUGGAGGGCUACGUCAGACACCUAUGCAGACCAUCCAGGAAAACAAGCAAACAUCAUUCUCUAGCAUUUCUUGUUUUGGGAACUCUCUUCAAGAGCUGCUGAACUCUGAUUUGUUGGUCUCUCACAGUCAUAGUGAUGUCAUGAUGACGCAGUCAGACCCACUCAUAUCACAGGCCAGUGCUGCAGUCACCUCUCAAAAUGCCCGCCUUCGCAAUGGCCUCAUGCUCCGUAAUGAUCCCAUGAUGUCAUCAUUCAGUUCUGUGCUAAAUGGGCGAAGCAGCCAUCUCCAGAACAAGCAACAUCAUCAGGGGUCCAGUGCCCAGGGUUCUUUGUGUUCCCUCUCCAACAACAGGGUGCAAAGUCUUGCUAAUAAUGCUAAUAAUUUAGUCUCUGCAAAGCAGCAUUUACAGCCACAGUCCUCCAUGAUGAUGACUGAGACUUCACUUUACUGUGGGCUGAAUGGAAGUAAUGGGAUGGGGAUCUGUCACCCCUCAGGAACAGACCGUUUUCCCUCAGACUUGGACCUUGACAUUUUUAACGGGAGUCUGGAUUGUGACGUGGAUUCAAUAAUCCGUUCAGAACUAAUGGACUCUGAUGGACUGGAUUUUAACUUUGAUGCAUUGGUGCAAAAUGCUGUUAGUCUGAAUCCUGUGGGAAACUUCACCGGGACAAAGCAGUCCAAUCAAAGCUGGGUACCCGGCUGACAGCUGUCACAUAGAUUACUGCAAAUUGUGUUGUACUACAGGACUUGUAUUAUGUUUGUUAUAACAUUUAUUUAAUUCAGAGAUUACUUAUCUUUCUCUCUAUCUCUUGUCUGGGCUCCGAACUGCAGAGAAAACAACAAAUAUAAGAAUGACAACUACAAAAAAAUUCUGCACAAAAACCAAUCAAACAGAGACUUGAACUACCCUUUUUGUCAAGUUUGCUGUCUGCGUUAAGCACUGGAUGAUACUCCUGUUUACAGGUCUAUCUGACUGCAACACCCUGAAGAACUGGACCAACAGUUCAGCAGACAUAGACUCAAACAAUAGACUGCCCAAUGGAGAAACAAAAACUAACAGUGAACUCACAGAUCAUUAUGCAACAACAUGCAGUGUUUAAAAUAAUCCCAUUGUUAGUGAAGAAGAAAAAAAUAUUUUUAAAUGAGUAACUGAGGCAUGUUGUAACUUUUCUUUCAUUAAAGUAGUUUCCUUGGGUGGGGUCUCUAUACUCUUUCUGUUUUACCUAACAUAUUUGUUAAAGAAUUGGUUCGUUUUGUCAUCCUCUAAGCACUUACUGUGUUGUCUUUGAUCAGUAUAUAAAUACAACUUGGAGGUCGAAAGUUAUCCUUGAAAAUUUCCGAGCUCAGGUGGAGUAAUGUAGAGCACUUCAUCCUGUGCUUUUGUGUUUAAUUUACUGUUACCAUGCAGUAGUUAUUUCCAAAUCUGAAAUAUAGUUGCCUCGUAACAAUAUUGAAGUAAUACAUUUUGUGGCAGGAUAUAACCAGAUAAGGAGUGAUUACGUGUGUGUAAUGUCUGUAACUGUACAAAAAAUGCUGGUAAAUUGAUAGCUUAUCAGGUGGAGGCAUCUUAUUUUGAAAGCAAAGCUAUGGAAUUUUCACAUUUAAAUGUAGCCAAAAGUAAUGAAUAAAUAAAAAUUUACUUGCAUUUGUGGACAUUUCCAUGCCAUAACAGGUGCUAAAUUAUCAGUGUUGAGCCCUGUCCUUUAUUAAGGCAUCUGUGUUUCCCUGGCCACAAGGACAUAACAUAAAUUAUUAGCAUAAUGGGAGCAUUCAUUGGUGGAAAUGCCUUUCCUCUGGAAGCUAUCUUUACUGAGCAAAAACAAUAAGCUAUAUUUUGUGUAUUUGCCAAAUUACUUGAAAUUUGUAGAUGCUGGCAGCCAAAAUCACAAAACACAGUGAAAUUCUGGGACGUUUUGGUCCCUGUAUGCAAAAUGCAUCACUAUUGCUCAGGGGAGAGUUGGGCCUCCAUUUCAACAUCAGGGCCUACUCUUUGAAUUUACUGCAACCUGACUGUACACAAUUUCAAAAGUGUUUUAUGAACAUUUGAACAUGAACAACAUUCUUCUAAAGCAAGAAGAUAAAACAACAGGAAUCCAUCCUGUAUUGUCAAUUUUUUGAUGUGUUUAUUGGGGGUUGUCUCUUUAUUAAAUGUUUUUUUUUUUUUGUUCAUUUGUGCUCACUAUUAUCACAAUUAUCACAACAUGUACAAAUUCUAAUUUUCUGUGUUUUGUUCCUCAAAGAGGUUUACCCUUCACUGCCAUGUAUGCAUGCAUGUAAAUGUACAUAUGCAUAAUGUGAAAUGCAUAUAUAUGUAUAGUGUGCUGUGAAAAAUAUUUCCUGAUUUCUUCUAUUGUUGUGUAUUUUUCAUUUUUUAUUGUUUUAGAUCUACAAACGAGAUAUAACAUAAAACAAAGGCAACCCGAGUAAACAAAUAUAUAUAUUUUUAUAGCAAAAAUAUAAUCCAACACCAAUAUCACCAAUGUGAAAUACUAACUGCCCCUUUAAACUUAAUAGCUGGUUGUGCCACCUUUAGCAGCAACAGCUGCAAGCAAACACUUCGAUAACUGGAGAUCAGUCUUUCACAGUUUUGGAAUUUUGUCCCACUCUUCUUUACAGCACUGCUUUAGUUCAGCCACAUUGGAGGGUUUUCGAGCCCAUUUAAGGUCCUGCCACAGCAUCUCAAUUGGGUUGGACUCAGAGUUGGACUUACUUCUGUGCUUUGGAUCAUUGUCUUGCUGCAUAAUCCAGUUGCACAUGAGCUUCAACUCACAGACUGAUGAUCGAUCAUUCUCCUUUAGGAUUUUCUGGGAGAGAGCAGAAUUCAUGUUUCCCUAAAUUAUUUCAAGUUGCCCUGGCCCUGAAGCAGCAAAGCAUCCCCAAACCAUCACACUACCACCACCAUGCUUGACUGUAGGUAUGAUGUUCUUUUUGUGGAAUUCUAUGUUUGAUUUGGGGCAGAUGUAACAGGACACCUGACUUCCAAACAGUUCCACUUUCGAAUCAUCAGUCCACAAAACAUUCUCCCAAAGGCUUUGAGGAUCAUCAAGGUGUGUUUUGGCAAAAUUCAGAUGAGCCUUAAUGUUCUUCUGGGUUAGCAGUGGUUUUUGCCUUGCCACUCUUCCAUGAAUGGCAUUUUUGGCCAGUGUCUUUCUGAUAGUUGAGACAUGAACAGUGACCUUUAUGUAUGCGCACGAGAGGCCUGCUGUUCCUUGGAUGUUGUCCUUUUGUGACUUGCCACUAUUUCAUUAAUGGCAUUUUUGGCCAGUGUCUUUCUGAUAAUGGAGACAUGAACAUGCGAGAGAGGCCUGCAGUUCCUUGGAUGUUGUCCUUGUUUUUUUGUGACUUCCUGGAUGAUUUAUCGCUGUGCUCUUAGAGAAAUUUUAGAAGGUUAACCACUAGUGGGAAGGUUCACUACUGUGCCAAGUUUUCUCCAUUUGGAUAAAAGGGCUCUCUCUGUGGUUCUUUGGAGUCCCAGAGCCUUUGAAAUCGCAUUGUAACCCUUCCCAGACUGAUGUAUUUCAAUCACCUUUUUCCUCAUCAUUUCUGGAAUUUCUUUCGACCUUGGCAUAGUGUGCUACUGGGUGAGACCUUUUAGCCAACUUCAUGCUGCUGAAAAAGUUAUAUUUUGGUGUUGAUUUGAUUGAACAGGGCUGGCAGUAAUCAGGCCUGGGUGUGUCUAUUUCAGCUGAACCCCAAUAUGAAUGCAGUUUAUAGAUUUGGGGAUUUAGUAACUAAGGGGGCAAAUACUUUUUCACACAUGCCUUGUUUGCAUUGGAUAAUUUUGCCUUUGUUUUAUGUUAUAUCUCGUUUGUAGAUCUAAAACAAUUUAGUAUGAGAUAUACUGUACACAAAAACAGAAGAAAUCAGGAUGGGGCAAAUACUUUUUCACAGCACUGUACAUCCUGCUAUACUUAUGUAAUGUAUUGAUAAUGCAGAAAUAUUUGGCAAAAUCCAUGUACUGAACAAAACCAUGCAAUUGUUACACUGGGAGUUGGCCAUAUAAGGUUAUAGCAGGGGUGUCAAUCUCAUUUUAAGUCAGGGGACAGAUCAGACUAAAUGUCAGCCCUUAUGUGGGCUGAUUUUUUCUUUUAAUUUGAUAAACCUUGGUGUACGCAUGGAGAUAGCAUGCACAAUACAUGCUAUUCUUGAGCUAAUAUAGUCCAGAAUUAACUUUGUGCUGCUUUGAUAAUGAACAUUAAUGUAAAACAAAAUAUAGCACAUGGAAUUUACAAAUGUCCUUUACAAGAGGCCUUUUGAUGCCAUAAAUACAAAAUUGGUAAUAAUAAUUAUAAUAACAACAUCAAAUCAGUAUUAAUGUCUCAUAGCCUAUCUAAUAAUUAGAUUAUUCAGUGUAGACUUAUAAUACAAUUGAAAAAUUAAUUAAUCACCCCCAAAUUUAGUUUGCAGCUGUCCAUGUUGUCAUUAGUGCCAUAAGCAACUCACAUAAUUGUGGGAAAAUAAAGUGAAUUGCCCUGGGACAGUUUUGUCACCCGCAAAUACAGUGCGUAAGCGUGAGUUACUAAUGCUGAACAUAAUUAAAAGAAAGGCUCUACCACUUUAAGAUCCUGCUGUAGCUAGAAUAAAUAUGAGUACAUAAUAUGGGUAUAAUGAAUUAAUUUGUUUUAACAUAAUCUUUUUUUCCCCCCCUAAAUCAUCUCUCAAAGCCAUGUGUUUGACACCCCUGGUUUAUAGCAUGAUCCUACAUCCUACAGCUUCUGCCUUAAUAUUCAUUACAUUUUCCAGGCACACAAUCACAACGUAACUUAUGCAAUAAAUUCAUAGGUCGGGAAAUCAUCCAUAGAGGACAGCUGAACCUUUUAAAAAAAAUUAAAAAUCCAAAGUUCUUGUUUUUCCAAAUAAUGAGACAGAGACUUGUCUUCCCAUUUACAACCAGCCGCAUCCUUAAACAUUACAGGUGUUAUUUAGAUUACCCAUGGUGAUAAUUCCUGCAUCUUAUCACCCUGAUCGUAGCCUUCCUUUUUGCAUCUUCUUCUGCUUAUUACAUUUGCUUUUUGACCUCUUUAUCGUAUAGUCAUAUGGUUUCUCUGUGAGAUGUUUGUGCUUAUUUGUUCCUAUGUACUCCAUUUUGAAUUCUAAUCUAGUUUAUAAAAAAAAUGGUGCAUAUGUAAAUAAAGCUUGGU